AGCAAGCAAACAAAAAAAGAGAGAAAGUAUAACAAGCAAGCAAACAGAAGAACUUUUCUAUUCGUCAAUCUUAAUUUAUCAUAGACCCGUUGUUAAGCUGUCAUCUAGAUGAAUAUUUUGUUCAACCAUUGUGUAUAUAUAUUGUAGCAGCAACAAAACAGGUAGAAAGCCCUACAAAUUUCUAAGCUUGUAAGCUUUUACUUUCAUUAAACACCCAUCAUAAUUCACUGGAAAAUACUCAUAUUCCUAGCAUGAAACAAGAACCACGAUCGCCACCUCUGCACCACCACCUUCGUUACUCAUCAAAGAAAAUUUCAUCUUUCGGUAAACCUGUUUUGUACUUCCUCUGUCUCCUGUUAGCCUAUUCGCUCGGUUAUCUGUCUAGCUCCACACGCAACAAUAAUAAUUAUACUACUACUAAUAAUAACAAGCCACCCAGGGGCCAUGUAAACUCGGUCGUGAACCAUGUAGACACAACAAUUAGCAGUGGAACAACAGAAAAGGACCACAACAAUUUCGGGGCGGUAUGUGGUGAGGCUGUUCCAUCACAAGACAUACGCCUUAAAAUUCUAGAGCGUGUCUUCAAAGGAACAUCCCCUUGGCAGAAUUUCCCACCAACACACGCGGACAAUCUCCUACGUAAAAAGUGGGUCAAAGGGUGGGGCUCAAAUGGCGCGGUCUUCGAGAAUCUAAUCCGCAAGGUGCAACCCAAGACCAUAAUAGAAGUAGGCACGUUCUUGGGAGCAUCUGCUCUUCACAUGGUCGAACUGACUCGUCGAUUGGGUCUAGAUGACACGAAAGUCGUCUGCAUAGACGAUUUUCGAGGGUGGCCCGGUUUUUCAGAUAAUCCGCGGAUGAAAGACAUGAAGAUGGUGAACGGGGACGUUUUGUUGAUGUAUCAAUUCAUGCAGAACGUGGUCAACGCGAACGCGACGGAGUCAGUAGUGUACAUGCCCUUCUCCAGCGGGUCAGCGCUGGAGAAGCUGUGCGAGUGGGGGGUGUUUGGUGAGUUGAUUGAGGUUGAUGCUGGACAUGAUUUUCACUCGGCUUGGUUUGAUAUAAACCGGGCUUUCAAGUUGUUGAAGCCCGGUUCGGCGGGUGGUGUUAUUUUUGGACAUGACUAUUUUACUGCAGCUGAUAACAGGGGAGUGAGAAGGGCUGUUAAUUUGUUUGCCCGCACUCAUAAUCUAACAGUCCAAGUCGACGGUCAGCACUGGGUUUUCCAUAUUACCAAUCCAUUAUAAGCUAUUGCAAAUCAAAGUAAAUUAAACCUGUAUAGAUAUAAAGGUAGUAGUGACAUUUAUUUUGAAGCUCACUGAGAGAUGUGUAUAUAUUUUAUUGCUUAUUGGUGGUUGUUGUACUAGCAAAAUGUCUUAAUUAUUCAUCUUAAUCGCUUUUUA